UGAGGGAGGCGGAGAGGGGCCGGGCUCGGCUCGUCGCCGCGGGCUGCUCGGGGAGUCGCCGCCGCCACCGCCGCCGCCGCCGCCGCCGGGCGCUGAGCAUCGGACGGAGAGGAGGAGCAGGAGCUGGAGGAGCUGCCGCCGCCAGCUUCCUGCCUGACAUAACUCACUUCAAGAAGAGCACAAUGUCAGAACGUGGAAUUAAGUGGGCUUGUGAAUAUUGUACGUAUGAAAACUGGCCAUCUGCGAUCAAGUGUACUAUGUGUCGCGCCCAAAGACCAAGUGGAACAAUUAUUACAGAAGAUCCAUUUAAAAGUGGUUCAAGUGAUGUUGGUAGAGAUUGGGAUCCUUCUAGCACUGAAGGAGGAAGUAGUCCUUUGAUAUGUCCAGACUCUAGUGCAAGACCCAGGGUUAAGUCUUCGUACAGCAUGGAAAAUGCAAAUAAAUGGUCAUGCCACAUGUGCACCUAUUUGAACUGGCCAAGAGCAAUCAGAUGUACCCAGUGCUUAUCCCAGCGUAGGACCAGGAGUCCCACAGAAUCUCCUCAAUCCUCAGGAUCUGGUUCGAGACCAGUUGCUUUUUCUCUUGAUCCUUGCGAGGAAUACAAUGAUAGAAAUAAACCGAACACAAGGACCCAGCAUUGGACUUGUUCUAUUUGCACAUAUGAAAACUGGGCCAAGGCUAAAAAAUGUGUUGUUUGCGAUCAUCCCAGACCUAAUAAUAUUGAAGCAAUAGAGUUGGCAGAGACUGAAGAGGCUUCUUCAAUAAUAAAUGAGCAAGACCGAGCUCGGUGGAGGGGAAGCUGCAGCAGUGGGAAUAGCCAAAGAAGAUCGCCUCCCACUACGAAACGGGACUCUGAAAUGAAAAUGGAUUUUCAGAGGAUUGAAUUGGCUGGUGCUGUUGGCAGCAAGGAGGAACUUGAAGUGGACUUUAAAAAACUAAAACAAAUUAAAAACAGGAUGAAAAAGACCGAUUGGCUAUUCCUCAAUGCUUGUGUGGGGGUUGUAGAAGGUGACUUAGCUGCUAUAGAAGCGUACAAGUCAUCAGGCGGGGACAUCGCACGUCAGCUCACUGCAGACGAAGUGCGCCUCCUGAACCGCCCUUCUGCUUUUGAUGUUGGCUAUACUCUCGUACAUCUGGCUAUACGUUUCCAGAGGCAGGAUAUGCUAGCGAUACUGCUUACAGAGGUGUCUCAACAAGCAGCAAAGUGUAUUCCAGCAAUGGUGUGUCCUGAACUGACAGAGCAGAUCCGGCGAGAGAUAGCCGCCUCUCUUCAUCAGAGAAAGGGGGAUUUUGCUUGCUAUUUUCUAACUGACCUUGUUACAUUUACAUUGCCAGCAGAUAUUGAAGACUUGCCUCCAACAGUCCAAGAAAAAUUAUUUGAUGAGGUGCUUGAUAGAGAUGUUCAGAAAGAGUUAGAAGAAGAAUCUCCAAUUAUAAACUGGUCUUUGGAAUUGGCUACACGUUUGGACAGUCGACUUUAUGCGCUUUGGAACAGGACUGCAGGAGACUGCUUGCUUGAUUCAGUGCUACAAGCUACCUGGGGCAUUUAUGACAAGGACUCGGUGCUUCGGAAAGCCCUGCAUGACAGCCUGCAUGACUGUUCACAUUGGUUUUAUACACGUUGGAAAGAUUGGGAAUCAUGGUAUUCUCAGAGCUUUGGUUUACAUUUUUCCUUGAGAGAAGAACAGUGGCAAGAAGACUGGGCAUUUAUACUCUCUCUUGCUAGUCAGCCUGGAGCAAGUUUGGAACAGACACACAUUUUUGUACUUGCACAUAUUCUUAGACGACCAAUUAUAGUUUAUGGAGUAAAAUAUUAUAAGAGUUUCCGGGGAGAAACUUUAGGAUAUACUCGGUUUCAAGGUAAGCCAUUAUUCAAGAGUAUUUUAGAAGUCUCUUGUUCCUCACCAGGCAGCUUGCAGCCAUAUCGGGUAACCCCACGGGGAUUUUCUUUCCUCCCUCCAGGUGUUUAUUUGCCUUUGUUGUGGGAACAGAGUUUUUGUUGGAAAAGUCCCAUCGCUCUGGGCUAUACAAGGGGCCACUUUUCUGCUUUGGUUGCCAUGGAGAACGACGGCUACGGCAACCGGGGUGCUGGGGCUAACCUCCACACCGACGACGACGUCACCAUCACCUUCCUGCCCCUGGUCGACAGCGAGAGGAAGUUGCUCCACGUGCACUUUCUUUCUGCUCAGGAGCUAGGUAAUGAGGAACAGCAAGAGAAACUGCUCAGGGAGUGGCUGGACUGCUGUGUGACCGAAGGGGGUGUGCUGGUGGCCAUGCAGAAAAGUUCUCGGCGGCGGAACCACCCCCUGGUCACGCAGAUGGUAGAGAAAUGGCUUGACCGCUACCGACAGAUCCGGCCUUGUACGUCCCUGUCAGAUGGAGAGGAAGAUGAAGAUGAUGAAGAUGAAUGAAAAAAAAUCAGAGAGCAGAAGACCAGGGUAUCAGCUCUGUGGCGACCCCCAAGCUAGUGUGGUGCACGCUCCAAGCAGAGCGCAAGGCAUGGAAGGAACCAGAUCUGCCAGGAUCUGCCCGGAAGGGCUUUUCUAAUCCACACCCAAUGGAGAUGACGUAUCUGCUGUGUGAGGAGACAGAGAACUUUGUUUGGACUACAGUUUGUAAAAAAAGAAAAAAAAACUAAUUUUAUUAAGACAGAACUUUUUUCCUUUCAAAUUGUAAAUCUGUCUAUAAAUGUAACGCAUGUGGUUGUGUAAGAAGUUGUGUAAUAGGACAAGUUGUACCAGCAUCUUCAUAUUAUUGAGAAGUUUUUUCCAGCACGGGCACCUCCAAAAGCACAUGGCAGAUGACUCUUUGUUCCUUUGAGAUACUCUUUUUGAAGUAGAACCUGGCAUUCUACUUCCAUCUUAAAAGGCCCACUUUACGUUGAGUCUCAUUAGAGCUCAUUAGAGAUUUGGAAACUUUUUGUACAAAUUAUCCACAGCAAAACAUAAAAAUAAAAACAAGCUUUUAUUUUAUUAAUAAUUUAGUUCCUGUCAUGCCCAAUAAAACGAAAUCAAAUCUUUAAGGAACAAACUGCAAGGAAAGUAAGAAUUGUUUGAGUGAACUUCAUACAUACGUCAUUCCCUUGUUUUGGAAAGGGUUUUGGUUUCUAUUAUUUCGUCUUUUUUAAGCUUCUGAUAUGCCCCUUUUCAGUAUUUAGGUAUUUAUUUGUUUGGAAGAGCACCCUUAACAUGAGGGUUCUUUUCCCAGAGUCCGGGCGGCAGUCUCUCUGUGAGUCGUCAUUCCCGGGAUGUAAGUUAGGGAAGAGCCUGGGGAACAGGCCCACUUGUAACUAAAUGAAUUGUGUGAAAUUUGCGCACUUGAUUCAAUUGACAAUGUUAUACUCCCAAAUUGCCAUGCAGAGGGUCUUUGGAUUCUUCCUUGUAUCAUCAACUCUGCUUUAAGCAAAUCGUGUUAGAAAGGCAUGCCUUUGCUUGGGCUCAUUGGGAAUCAGUUAAGUAUAGAAUAAAGAUUUGAAAAUGCAGUAAGGUGGAAAUGCAUUGUAUAAUGAAUUUCUCAGAGUAGUCUGAGAAUUUUUGCAUGUUGGUUAAUUGUGGCCAUUCUUAUUUAAAAGUUAAAACUUAUAAUCUUAGAUAGAAAUCUUUUUAUAAAAAGUAUUAUUUGACCACUUCAGGUAUAUGUUCAAUACUGGGUAAAAAUUUCAGACCUAUCUCAGGAACACAUGAAAGACUUAGUGUCCUGAUAAGCACUUUGUAGACUAUUGAUGUGGCAAGGAAUUUGGAAAGCAGCCCCAUACACACAUACACUGUUCCUUCCCUUUGAUGAAAAGGCUGUGAAAAACCUUUAAAUAUUUGCUUCUUGUUUUCUUCUAAGUUCUGUUUAGAUGGUGUUUGAAAUGUGCACAACCUCUAAUUUGAUGCUGGAAUACUAAAAAUAGAAAAACACCCAUGAGAUGUUAUGUCUUUAGUUACUUCUCCCCUCUCGGAACAGUGCAGAUUCCCAGGAUGAGAGGAUCACUUGUGCUGUAUGCUAAAACUUGCAGGAAACUUUUGCAAUUUGAUUUCAUAUAAAUGAGUUUUGGUGUAAUAAUGGUAAAUGUUACUGUUCUAAGUGGCUAGGUUUCCCUACAAAUUGACUCUCUGGUUGGCUUUCAUUUUGGUAAGUUUUUAGAAGGCUGUCGUUCUACUUAGCAUAGCAUCUCUAUAAACUUUUCUCCAUACAUAGGAAGAAUUCUUUAGUGGGCACAGAUCCUAUUCUAGUUGCUCUUAAGCAAAACUACCCUCUCAAUUGAAGAAGCCAAAGAGAAACGUUUGAGAGAAGUGUCUAGUCACUAUGGUCUACACUGCAGUCAAUGCUGUCCAGAAAUCAUAGGCUCAGUACUUAGCCUGUGUGUGGUGGUCUGCUGAGUGUUGCUUCCCCUGAGGUGCCUCUUUAUUUAUUUAUUUAUGAUCAGUGAUCCUGACCACACCUAGUUUAACGGGUACAGCAUUCUUCCCUGUGGGAAAGGUAGAGCAUUGCAUUUCCUAGGCUCCAGACAGGGAUGGGGCUUUAAAUGGUUUUCAUAGCAGAUUGGCCACUAAUGGCCAAAAUGUUGUUGAAUCAAUGCUAUGUUAAGCUCUUGAACUAUUAAACAGCCAUAAUUGUUGUCCCGAGAUGGAGUACGCAGUCCUUUCUCAAAGAUGAGGUCUUGGUUGACUCUGGACAGUAAUUACCUUACCUGUAUGGACUUAACUUUAUGGUUCUUUUUUAGGGAGAAUACAGUGUGGUGUUUUCUGUUCUAAUUAAACAAAACCUAGGUGCACCAUGGAUUUGAACUGGCCUUUUUGUUUUUGACUCUAGGCUCACCGUGUCCCAGACUCCAUCUGUGUUACGGGAACACUGCUUGCUUUAGGCAGUUGGGGAAUCUCCUUUUUGCGCAUGUGUGGUCAUGCCCUCAUUGACAACAUCCUGGUUACGUAACGAGGACGUUCAGCUCUCAUUCCGUUUCCUGGAGUGAUGGGUCAGUCAGUAACCAUGUGCUCCAUCUCUUCCAUAGGAGGUUGUUUUAAUGUAAUUUUUCUGGGAGGGUUGGGAUGGGGCCACCACCUUCAGAUGAGGGAGGAGGUUGAUGUUCGAAGGCGCCAUCAUCGCCCCUCCCCCCAUCUUCUUCAUGGGAAGGGGAGGAGAACGGAGUGACAGGGAGUUGGGUACCUGGAAUUGGACCUGAUGGAUGGGUUGAUAGUGUGGCUACCACUAGAACAAAAGGGUUUAAUGCUAUUCAAGAAGGAAAAUCCUUUAAAUCAACAACUUAAAAGUUCUUAGCAUAUGGAAAUGGCUGAUGUUAAUUAUUUUGCAACAUUUCUUUGUAAAUAUCAUUUAAAAGAAUUUUGAGAUUCACUUUCCUUCCUGCAUUAAUGCUUGAGCCAGGUAAUUCUGCUUUUGGGUAAAUUAAAAUCAAAACUCUCU